UUGCAGAUAGUGGGACUGUAACUAUUAAAGGGUUUAAUGAUUGUCAUCCAUCGUUUAACUUCACAUCAGAAUUUGAAGAGAACUCAGAAUUUUAUUUUCUCGAUGUCUUAUUGAAACGGAGAACCCGUGGUUCUUUUCAGAGAUCGAUUUAUAGGAAGAAUACAUGGAAUGCAUAAUACUGGAAUUCCUAUAUCUGAGUGUUGCCCAGUAGAAAAAUGACACUGAUUCAUCCUUUAUCAUCAAUAAGCAGAAGAAUCUGCACGAGUGAUACCGUAGACAAUGACUUGGAUAAACUACGGAAAAAAUUCUCAUGUGAAAUGAAGACCCAUCCAGACUUAUUAAGAAAAAACUUGAAAUUAAAACACAACACGAAAAAAGUACAUAAAGUUGUAAAUACUUUUCUUAUGAACGUUAGUUUCAAAGGUGAUACGGCAGGAGAAAUCCUGAAGGAUCAGCUAUCCAAAUCGCUCAAUAAGAUUUCUGCGAAGCUACACAUCAGUUUCUCUAGUCAGCAACUAGUUCCAGGGUUCGUUAAGGACAAGUCGCAGGUCUACAAAUUUAUUUGCUUCGGUGGAGCUAGUUAUAUAGGCGGUACAAAGCGUAUACUACCCAAACGAAUCUCUGAGCGUUAUCUCGCAUGGUUGUCGAGGGGAGAAUGUAAAUCAAUCAACAGUUCAAUUCUCGAACACUUGGUCAACUCUGGACAUAUAGCGCUCCACCAGAGUCCUCCUUAAGUGUCAUCUACAGAGUUAAAAGGAGUACGCUAUGGGCAGUUGCGUGAGGAAAAAACACUAAUGUAUGUCUUUAGUUUGUUGGAAAUACUUCUCGUGACGCGCCAAGUCUCUCAACCAUCACAUAUAAGCACUGACUUACUUGACUGAAU